GGCAGAGCGAGCGUUGAGUUCGCCGGCGUUGAGCUGGAAGUGUCAGCGGCGGCCACGGUCCAGGCGGGAGACUGAGUCGGAGCAACCACGCGCCCGCUGGCCGCUAUUACUGGCAGGGGGUGGCGUGCCAGCGAAGCAACAUGCAGAUAGGCGCCCGGCGCCCUGACGACCCCUCCCGAGGAAAGGAGGCCGGGGCGGCGCUGGGGCGGCGGGGAGCAUGAGGGAGGCCGGGGGGCGGCUUGGCUCGGAGCGCUGCUAGAGAGCGGCGCGCGCUGCACAGUCGCCGGGGCGCAGCGGAGGGCGGGGAGCCGGGCAGGUCGCGCCAGCGCUGGGAGCCGGCCGCCGGGAGCUGUUCUGAUUUCCGACGCGGACGCAAGGGGCCCGGAGCAGCCCCUGGCCCCGGUGUGCAGCCAACAUGGGCAACGCCGGGAGCAUGGAUUCACAGCAGACCGAUUUCAGGGCGCACAACGUGCCUUUGAAGCUGCCGAUGCCCGAGCCAGGUGAACUGGAGGAGCGAUUUGCCAUCGUACUGAAUGCUAUGAACCUACCCCCUGACAAAGCCAGAUUACUGCGGCAAUAUGACAAUGAGAAGAAGUGGGAACUGAUUUGUGAUCAGGAACGAUUCCAGGUGAAGAACCCUCCCCAUACUUACAUUCAAAAGCUCAAAGGCUAUCUGGAUCCAGCUGUUACCCGGAAGAAAUUCAGACGGCGUGUUCAAGAGUCCACACAAGUGCUAAGAGAACUGGAAAUUUCUUUAAGAACCAACCAUAUUGGAUGGGUCAGAGAGUUUCUGAAUGAAGAAAAUAAAGGUCUUGAUGUUCUAGUAGAAUAUCUGUCAUUUGCGCAAUACGCAGUAACUUUUGACUUUGAAAGUGUGGAAAGCACUGUGGAGAGCUCAGUGGACAAAUCAAAGCCCUGGAGUCGGUCCAUCGAGGACCUGCACAGAGGGAGCAACCUGCCUUCCCCCGUGGGCAACAGUGUAUCCCGCUCGGGAAGACAUCCUGCACUGCGAUAUAAUACUUUGCCAAGCAGAAGAACCCUGAAAAAUUCAAGAUUAGUGAGUAAGAAAGAUGACGUGCAUGUCUGUAUCAUGUGUUUACGUGCCAUCAUGAAUUAUCAGUAUGGUUUCAACAUGGUCAUGUCUCAUCCACAUGCUGUCAAUGAGAUUGCACUAAGCUUGAACAACAAGAAUCCAAGAACAAAAGCUCUUGUCUUAGAGCUGUUGGCAGCCGUUUGUCUUGUCAGAGGCGGGCAUGAAAUCAUUUUAUCAGCAUUUGACAACUUUAAGGAGGUUUGUGGAGAAAAACAGCGCUUUGAGAAGUUGAUGGAACAUUUCAGAAAUGAGGACAAUAACAUAGAUUUUAUGGUGGCCUCUAUGCAGUUUAUUAAUAUUGUAGUCCAUUCAGUAGAAGACAUGAAUUUCAGAGUUCACCUCCAAUAUGAAUUUACCAAGUUAGGCCUGGAUGAAUACUUGGAUAAGCUGAAACAUACUGAGAGUGACAAGCUGCAGGUACAGAUUCAGGCUUACCUGGACAAUGUGUUUGAUGUGGGAGCUCUGCUGGAAGACGCGGAAACCAAGAAUGCAGCUUUGGAGAGGGUGGAAGAACUGGAAGAAAACAUCUCUCAUUUGUCGGAAAAACUGCAAGACACAGAGAAUGAAGCCAUGUCCAAGAUCGUGGAACUGGAAAAGCAACUCAUGCAGAGGAACAAGGAGCUGGAUGUUGUUCGGGAAAUCUACAAAGAUGCAAAUACCCAGGUUCACACAUUAAGGAAAAUGGUCAAAGAGAAAGAAGAAGCCAUUCAAAGACAGUCUACCCUAGAAAAAAAGAUUCAUGAGCUGGAGAAACAAGGGACCAUUAAAAUUCAGAAGAAAGGGGAUGGGGACAUCGCCAUCCUUCCGGUUGUGGCUUCUGGCACGUUGCCCACGGGGUCCGAAGUGGCGGUGGGUGACUUUGUGGGACCAGUGAUGGGGGCCGCCGCCUCGGGACCCUUGCCCCCUCCUCCCCCGCCACUGCCUCUGUCGUCAGACGCACCUGAAGCAGCGCCAAAUGGUCCAGCCACGCCACCUAUGCCCCCUCCCCCCCCACCCCCGCCCCCUCCCCCGCCCCCGCCUCCCCCUCCGCCCCCGCCUCCUCUCCCGGGUCCUGCAGCUGAGACUGUGCCGGCUCCCCCUUUGCCCCCCCCUCCUCCCUCUGCACCCCCGCUGCCCGGGACGUCUUCACCUACAGUGGUUUUCAACUCAGGAUUAGCAGCUGUGAAAAUUAAGAAGCCAAUCAAGACGAAAUUCAGAAUGCCAGUUUUUAACUGGGUUGCCCUGAAGCCAAAUCAGAUCAAUGGCACAGUCUUCAAUGAAAUUGAUGAUGAGCGAAUUCUGGAGGACUUAAAUGUAGAUGAAUUUGAGGAAAUAUUUAAGACAAAAGCCCAAGGUCCUGCCAUUGAUCUUUCUUCAAGCAAACAGAAGAUAACGCAGAAGGGAUCAAACAAAGUGACAUUACUAGAAGCAAAUAGGGCUAAAAAUCUUGCCAUAACUUUAAGGAAAGCUGGAAAGACCGCGGAUGAAAUAUGUAAAGCUAUUCAUGUAUUUGACUUGAAGACAUUGCCUGUAGACUUUGUAGAGUGUUUGAUGAGGUUCUUGCCAACUGAGAAUGAGGUGAAAGUGCUGCGGCUCUAUGAGCGGGAAAGGAAGCCCCUGGAAAACUUGUCAGAUGAAGACCGGUUCAUGAUGCAGUUCAGUAAAAUUGAGAGGCUCAUGCAGAAGAUGACCAUCAUGGCCUUCAUUGGGAACUUUGCCGAAAGCAUUCAGAUGCUGACUCCUCAACUGCACUCAAUUAUAGCAGCAUCUGUCUCUAUAAAGUCGUCCCAAAAACUCAAGAAAAUUCUGGAGAUCAUCUUGGCCCUUGGAAACUAUAUGAAUAGCAGUAAACGAGGAGCAGUUUAUGGAUUUAAACUUCAGAGUUUAGAUCUGCUCUUAGAUACAAAGUCAACGGACCGAAAGCAAACACUGUUGCACUAUAUAUCCAAUGUCGUAAAAGAAAAAUAUCACCAUGUGUCCCUAUUUUAUAAUGAGCUUCAUUAUGUGGAGAAAGCUGCCUCAGUCUCCCUUGAGAAUGUUUUACUGGACGUCAAGGAGUUGCAGAGGGGCAUGGACUUGACCAAGAGGGAGUACACCAUGCAUGACCACAACAUGCUGCUGAAGGAGUUCAUCCUUAACAAUGAGGGAAAGCUGAAGAAGCUGCAAGAUGAUGCCAAGAUUGCACAGGAUGCCUUCGACGAUGUGGUGAAGUAUUUUGGAGAAAACCCCAAGACGACACCCCCCUCUGUCUUCUUUCCCGUCUUUGUCCGGUUUGUGAAAGCCUAUAAGCAAGCAGAAGAGGAAAACGAGCUGAGGAAAAAGCAGGAACAAGCGCUGAUGGAGAAACUCCUGGAGCAGGAAGCUCUGCUCGAGCAGCAGGACCCAAAGUCUCCUUCCCACAAAUCAAAGAGGCAGCAGCAAGAACUAAUUGCGGAAUUAAGGAGGCGACAAGUUAAAGACAACAGACACGUGUACGAAGGGAAAGACGGUGCCAUUGAAGAUAUUAUCACAGCUUUAAAGAAGAAUAAUAUCACUAAAUUUCCAAAUGUUCACUCGAGGAUCUUAGAAACCAACCAUACAGACGAGCCGAUGCGGUGAGGAGAAGUGUCAGGCGGCGCUUUGAUGAUCAGAACUUGCGUUCUGUUAAUGGUGCCGAAAUAACCAUGUGAACCCGAGACCUGCCUGUAUGAAUAGAGGGUGUGUGUGAAUGAAACUGACCAUGUGAACUUUAUGUGCUAUCAUUUAACUGCAGCCUUGAACAUAGAUGAAAAUAUUCUAAGGGCUCAGAUUUAGCAAACACAUAGGAAUUUUAAAAUGAUGGGCUCUCCUUUCAACCUUUGUUAACAAGUGCCUAAAAGUGGAAGUACCUGCUCAGAUUAAUCAAAGCAAUAGGAUUUGAUUUGAUUAGGUAUCUUUUUACACCAGUGUGUUAUUCAAUUUUUAACCAAAAUUUAAAAUUCAUAUUACAUUCAUUACCUGCCAUUGUGAUUGUCCCAUGAUGGCCCACCCUGGUUUCCUGAUAAGUUGUAAAUAACAUGGAUGCAUCUGCUGUGGGCUUCCUUUGCUGAGAUGUCUUUUUAGGAGUUAAUUUUGUGUUUCAGCCAUACCCAUCAACUUGGUAUUUUUAAGGGCUUGAAACGUGGAAGAAGGAAAAAGUCACACGAUAAACUCCUUCUGUCCAUAACCAAGCCCCAGCAAAGUACAAACAUGAUGUUAUUGCAGUGGCACAGAAUCAGUCAACUCGUUUCACAUUCUGCUUCUGUGCUGGGGUACGAUGCCCUGUGAGAGACAUUCAUUGGUAUGAAUGCGAUGAUAUGAUGGCACACAGAUGUUGUAUAAGACUUUAUUUGCAGUACUGUGUUCUUCAGCUAGAGGCAGCUUUUAAAAAAUAAUGCAAAUGUUAAUUAAUUAGCACUAAAAUUAACAUCUCAGUAAUCAGUAUUAGGAUUUCUGAGGACCAUUUUGGGUCAAUCCUGAGAAUAGGAAUCAGUGCCUUGCUAGCCAGGGAGAGGUUCACUAGCGCUAUCAAGCAUUUAAGAUUACUUCUGCUAGCAGAGUAGUGUUAGAAUCCUGGCCUUAUUAUCCUGACAAUCGGCAGGGUUGUUCCCCCCCCUCCCUUCUUUUUGUAGACUGGAGAAGAUGUAUUUGGCAUCGUAUAUCAAAGCUAAAAAUUCUUGCAUUUCCAAGAUUACAUUAUGGGGGAUUACAAUUAAAUUUCUGAAAUACAUCAGGAUUAAGUUUAAGUGAUAUGUAAUGGGACUAAAUGGCCAACAAAGCCACUGCUAUUUUUCCUUCCUCUCUGGCAGGGCACUUGAUCCAUUCCAAAGUCAAAAACUGGACUGAAGCUAAUUUGUACUUUUCAUAAUAUACAUUCUGCUUCUGGCUUACCUUUUGGUACAUGACAUCAAUAUAUUAAUUGUAAAGUUUAUUGUAUACUAUUUAACCACUGAAUUUCUUAUUUUGUUGUGCUUAUGUGAACUCUGGUGAAGGUCCCAUUUUCCUUGGAUAAUGUGUAGUUAUAUAUCUCUUUUUAAAUGUACAGAUAUUUUGCUAUAAGAUUGGUGCAGUUUUUUAUGGUUUUUACACUUCUCUUUAAUUCCCACCUAAGCCUCUGGGGUAAUAUUGUAAAUAUUGUUUAAAAAUGCAUCAGCCUAUGCUAUACAAUCUGAAUGUUAUUUUAACUUAUAGGUUUUUUUUUUUUAAUAUAUAUUUAACUACAAGGACAGUUUAGGGAUCAGUUACUACAUUUUCACUUUAGCAUAUUUACAGAAAGUUUAAACUGCCACCUGCUAGCACAUUUUCAUAAUGUGUACGUUAAAAAAGAACAUGCCAAGAUUUUGUCUGACUCAACAUUCAUUUUGAUGAAAAAAGCAAUUUGACCAUAAAGCAAUUUGACCAUAAGAUAUAACACAAAUAGGUGGUCCUUCACCACAAAGCAGCUAUUUUCCAAAGCUCAAUACUGAUGAACAUGUUAAAAUAACUGCCUAUUUAUUAAUCUACAAAUAGACAGUAAUGUUGGCAUGCUCUUUUCUGUUUGUUAAUGGGCCUGCUUCUUAGCAAUAUUAGAAAUGUUUUAUAAAAGCAGUUCAUGUUACUUUUCUGGUCUUUUCAUGGCAUAUGAGCAAAUAAACUAU